GAUGAGGGGAAAGGCAAUUUAAGGCAAGGUUAAUUACUGAGGCAAGGAAGCCUUCAUGCCAAGACGCUGGACAUAAAUGGACUAUAAUUACAGCAAAAUCCAGGGAAAGCCGUACCUUCCCUCCAGCAGGCUCUGAUAAUCAUAAUUGAAAAGCACAAUAUGCAAGGCAAGCGAGAGAGGUGGGAGGGCAGACACACAAGAGAAGGCCUGUCCUGUGAUGACAUGCUCUUUCUGCUCAGUAUUCUGGAGGGGGAACUACAGGCCAGGGAUGAGGUAAUCGCUGUUUUAAAAUCAGAGAAGACAGAUUCAGGUCUACUUGGGACCCACUACGGUUUCAGCAGACAAAAGAUGGUGCUUCGAGCCCUGCAGAGAGACUCCCUCUGGGCCCAGCAGGACCACUUGCAGAAUGUGUACGAAAGACCAAAUGCUGAGCUCAAACACUUGGCAGAAGCCCACAAGCGUUCCUCCACCCAGAUGAUGAAGCAGCUUCAGGAGGUUACCUGUUCUUAUAAUGAGGCUCUGCACAGGCUGGAGGAACAAGAGAAAAGCCACAGGGCUUUUAUCUGCAAGAGCAACAGCCUUUCCACUCUACUAAAGCAGGACAGAGAGAGACUCAAGCUCUUGCUUGUAAAGGAGAGAGAGUACCAGGAAAUUAAAGAGAAGAAAAAUGAAAGAGACGUAUCCAUUCUAAAAAAGGAGUUGGCCAAGCUGAAGGGUUUUGCACUGCUGGUUGUAAAGGAGCAACAGAGACUGAGCAAGCUGCUGGAGGAGCAGAAACGCUGUACCAAAGAACUGACGGCUAUCACUGACCAGAUCGAGCAGAGUGUUAGUGCUUCUAAACCGAGAGCAAAGGUGGAGGAGGAACUGAAAUCUCUGCAUAUUGGGGUUGAGCACCACAAUCAACUUUCCAUCUUCCACCAAAGCCAGAACACCAUGACAGCCCUAAGCCUGCUGUCAGAGGUGGAAGUACUGAGGAGAAGGGUGGUGCAAAUGGAGGGGAAAGAUGAGGAGCUGAUACGCAUGGCGGACCAAUGUCGAGACCUGGACAACAGACUAGCAAAGGAGACCAGCAACUGCCGGAGUCUAAAAGCUGAAGUGGAUAAGCUCAAUGGCAGAAUUAGUGAACUAGACAGGAUGGAGGAGGCUUUAGGUAAGAGCAAACAGGACUGCAGCAUCCUAAAACACAGCUUGGAGCAAGAGAGACAGGUUAACAAAAUGCUUUCUGAUGAGCUUGAUACUCUAAGGCGAAAGAUAAGAGAACUAGAGGCUGCUGAGAGCCGACUGGAAAAGAGUGAAAUGGUCGUCAGACAGGACCUUGGCAAGCUGAGGUCACUGACUGUAGCUUUGGUAGAUGACAGAAAGGCUAUGGCUGAGAAGCUCCGACAGGCUGAGGAAAAGCUACAUAGGAAGGAGGGCAAAAGAAAUGAACAUAGCAAUUUGGCAACAUUGACAGAGAAGCUGAGAGAGGACAGGCUGCAGGCAAUGAGGUCUCAAGUGGACUUGGAAGAAAAGAUAAAGGGCAUAGUAAAAGAAAAGGAUCAUCUCCAAGACAGACUAAACAAAGAAGAGGAAAGGAACAGAGAGCUACAGAAUAAAGUAACUAUAAUGAAGAAAAAGUUACAGGUCUUGGAAAACAGGAAAGAAAAAGAGGAGAAAUACUCAUUCACCUCUAUACCAAAUAACACUGCCUAUUACUGCCAAACAGAGGACAACAAAGUUAAAGAACUGACCCGUGAGCUAGAAAAGCUACAAAAGAGACUCCAGGAUAAAGAGAUGUUGGAGGGAGAACUAAUGAAAUUGGAAGAGGACUUUGAGUCCCUCGAAAAGAGGUUCCAUGAGGAACACAGGAGGACCCAAGCUCUUACAGAGGAGCUGGAAGUGGCAAAGAGGGAGCUUUCAAGGUACGAGCAGGCAGAGAAGCAGGAGGUCAACCAGGAGCACCUUCUCCUUUGCCGUCUUCAGAAAGAGCAGGUUAAAUCCAGACUCUUAACCAGAGAAGUAGAUAGCCUGAAGGAAAAACUCCAGAAGCUGAUGGGAACAGAGGAAUCCAUCUGCCGGAUGCAAGUGGAUCAGUCCGCAUUGCAGAGCAAACUGAGCCAGCAAGAAGCCAAGAACAAAGAGCUGGCGAGAGAGAUGAAAGAACUUACUGCUGAGCUAGACAGGUAUAGACAAAUCAACAGUCUUGGUGCCAACAAACAUAUUGCAGUCCGUGAUCAGACCACCAGAGAGGUGCAAACUGAACCUGCACAGAGCCUUCUUCCGGACUAUCGGAGGCACAGCAAGAGACUUGAUGAACCAAAUAGUGACACAGAUCCAAACCAUAACAUAGAGAUCAUAAACAGAAGGAGCUCUCCUGUCAGCAGCCUUAACAGCUGGAACAGUACAAAUAAUAACCUAAGCCAGGACAGCAGCCAUUCAGGAACAGAUAUGCACCCAACAGUUAAUGGAGAAGUGAUGAUGUUAACACACACACCAGGUCAGCCAUUGCACAUCAAAGUAACACCACAUCAUAUCCUCAACACGUCCACACUCGAGAUUAGCUGCCCCACUGGAGACACAGCGACAUCCUACACCAGCACAGCUGUCAUCCCGACGAGUGGAGCUUCACCUAAGCAGAGAAUCACCAUCAUCCAGAAUCCUAAGACCCCCACUUCCAGCCCCGACCGUGCCGUCUCCCCACUUAAUGGAGCGCCCAUGUCUCUGGUGUUAAGUCCAAAUUCCUCACGCUCUGUCACACCGGAUCACAACUCCUCUCCUAUUCAGAUCGUAACAGUCAGGAGUUGUUCUCCAGAGCCAACAGAAGUUACGGAUCAGACCAUCUUCUGCAAGAUACCCGAGCAGCAGAAUGGCUGGCACCAUCAGAGGUCCAGCACCCCUGACACAAGUCCCAGUAUCAUCACAACUGAAGACAGUAAGAUCCACAUCCAUCUGGGGAGUCCAUACAUCCAGCCUCGGCACGGCAUGACCCACAACUUCCCACAGCCCAUUGGGCCAUACUAUGUUCGACAUGAGCAAAGAACUCAAGUACUCACUAAUGGCUGUCAUGUAAAAGGUGUUGGAAAGAUUACAAGUAGCAUCACUAUAUCCCCUGCUAACUCUCCAGGAUCAUAAUUCUCAAAUGUUACAGGAAGUGGCCUUGGCGAUUAGGUAAAAUAUAUGUAUGUAUUCUGAAAAUUAUGUCCUCAGUCAUUAUUUUAAACAACAAAAAACAAUUCUGUAAAUGAAAAAGAAAAAAAAAAAAAAGAUGUAUCUGAAUGUUUCAUCACAUCUGUUUGUAAAGCUUACUUUAUCUGAUUAGUGUCUUGAAAUUUAUUGGCUUUAACAACCUUUCAUUGUAUGUCAAGUGUCUGUCUAAUACAUAAAUGAGACAUCACUGUUUCAUUAAUGUUUUUUUCCUGUUCAUUAAAAGUUGUUUUGUUUUCUAUG